ACUUCAGAACAAUUUGUCCAUCCUCUUCAAUUUAGCAGAAGAGUUGUGCACUAGACCUUAGUCUUUGUCAUUGUUGCUUCCACAACAAUAUAGUCUAACCUUUCCAAAACAUUCACCUAAGAGAACUCAACCUCUCCCUAAAACUGAUAAGCCAUAUAUAUAAGCCAUCCUUCAAAACAAUUUGUCAUCCUCUUCAAUUUAGCAGAAGAUGAUAUGCUCUAGACCUUAGUUUCCUCCACAACAGCACGGUCUAACCUAUUAGCAUCAGCAAUCUUAUCUUGUCAUACAACAUGAUAAUCAAAAUAUCAUUCAGCUAUUGAAGAUCAGUGACAGGCAAGGAUAUGGCUUUCUUCCCAGCAAAUUUCAUGCUACAAACCCCUCAUCAAGAUGACCAGCAAACUCCAGCUUCACUCAACUCAAUCAUAACCUCAUGUGCACCUCAAGAGUACCAUGGAGGAGCAUCCUUUCUAGGCAAGAGAUCUAUGUCAUUUUCAGGGCUUGAGCUUGGAGAAGAAGCUAAUGCUGAGGAAGAAUUGUCUGAUGAUGGAUCACAGAUUGGGGAGAAGAAGAGGAGGCUAAACAUGGAACAAGUGAAGACACUUGAGAAGAGCUUUGAAUUGGGAAACAAGCUUGAACCAGAAAGGAAAAUGCAGCUGGCAAGGGCUCUUGGGCUGCAACCUAGACAGAUUGCUAUAUGGUUCCAAAACAGAAGGGCUAGGUGGAAGACUAAACAGUUGGAGAAAGACUAUGAUCUUCUCAAAAGACAAUAUGAUGCUGUCAAGGCAGAUAAUGAUGCACUUCAAUCUCAGAACCAAAAUCUUCAGACAGAGAUAUUGGCACUGAAAAGCAGAGAACCAACUGAAUCUAUCAACCUCAAUAAGGAAACAGAGGGAUCAAGCAGCAAUAGAAGUGAAAACAGCUCAGAACUUAAGUUGGAUAUCUCAAGAACACCAGCUAUUGAUAGUCCUCUAUCAGCUCAACACACCAGCAGAACCCUCUUUCCAUCUUCUGCUAGACCAACAGGAGUGGCUCAGCUUUUCCAAACUAGUACUACUUCAAGGCCAGAUCUUCAGUGCCAAAAGAUUGAUCACAUGGUCAAAGAAGAGAGCUUAAGCAGCAUGUUUUGUGGCAUUGAUGAGCAAUCUGGCCUCUGGCCAUGGUUGGAGCCACAACAUUUCAAUUGAUCAAGAAAGGGAGAGAGUUUUCAAAUUGGAAUAUGUAGUUUUCCGGAUGAAAUCAAGAGGGUGUCAAUUUAUUACCAUACUUUUUAAUUUAAUGAGUUCUUAAAUUAAAACCCAUGUUUUGGUAAACUUUAUGUAUAAAAUAAGAUAUAUCAAGUAUGAAUUUUUCUUUAUGGGGUUUGAAAAAUUUUAUAUCAAAGAAUAAAGGGUUCAUCACCUUUUUUUUAUAAGUUAAUUAAUAUAGCAAGUUUUCUUUAAACUUUUUGAGUAU